CGCUCCCCGCCCGGCAUCCUGUUGCUCCGGGAGCGCGGCGAGCGGGGGAAGAGCAUCCGAGAGCAUCCGAGAGCAUCAGAGAACAUCCGAGAGCAUCUAAGAGCAUCCAAGAGCAUCUGAGAGGACCCUGCCGAGGAGCCUGAGCGCCGGCCCCGCUCCGAACAAUGGCUGCGCUGCCGCGGCUGCUCUGCGCGGCCGCGCUCGCCCUGCUGCUCUGGGCUGGAUUUUGCUCCUCGGUGUGUGUGGAAGUCCCAUCUGAGACAGAGGCUGUCCAAGGCACGGACAUGAAGCUGCUCUGCAUCUCCUGCAUGAAGAGGGAAGAGGUGACAGCCAGCACGGUGGUGGAAUGGUACUACAGGCCCAACGGGGGGAAGGAUGAGCCUAUCUACGAGUACAGGAAAACCAACCACGAGUUCCCGAGCCGCUUCAGCGGGCGGAUCCAGUGGAACGGCAGCAAAGACAUGCAGGACGUGUCCAUCACCGUGGUGAACGUCACCCUCAACGACUCGGGCAUCUACACCUGCAACAUCACCCGCGAGUUCGAGUUCGAGAUCCACCGGCCGCUCUUCCAGAGCUCCAGGGUCAUCCACCUCACUGUGGUGGAGGAGGCUGGAGAAGACUUCACCUCUGUCAUCUCAGAAAUCAUGAUGUAUAUUCUGCUGGUGUUCCUCACGCUGUGGCUGCUGAUUGAGAUGAUCUAUUGCUACAGGAAGGUGUCCAAGGCAGAGGAGGCUGCCCAGGAAAACGCGACAGACUACCUUGCAAUUCCAUCGGAAAACAAGGAGAACUGUGCUGUGCCUGUGGAGGAGUAGCAGAGGGGAGGCAGCGCAGUGAGCGGCACCAAGCUCCUGUGCUAACUCCACCCUCACCCCUGUGAGCUCCAAGAGGAAUUGUCUCCCUUGCAGGGGCUCUGAAGACAGAAGGACCUCGCCACACCAGCCAGCUUUGAGGGGAGCUCUGCGCUGUCAAAGGAGGAGGAGCAGGGGGAAGUGUAAAUGCUCUCCCAUUUGGACUCUGUACAGCCUUGACUUUGGUCCUGUGACCCACCUGAGCUGCCAGCCCAGUGCUGAAGGACUCCUCUGUGGAAGCAUGCUGAGCAAAUGGGCGUGGGCAGCACGGCUCCUCCCCGACUCUCAGUCCCACCAUCACCUCAAUGGCUUUGUAAAUGUCACCUGUCACUCCUUAGCUGCUCUCACCACAUCUUUAUUUGCUAAAUGUGCUGCUUCUCCACUGCAGAGGUUAAGGGUAUGUACGGCACGCUGCUCUGAGCUGCAGGAGUGUGAACAAGGAUCUCUUAGGGGGUUAUUCCACCACAUACUGUGGCCCAAGCGGUUUCCUUGGUGUUAAAACAGGGAGAAUUUAAUUAAUUAAUGGAGUCACUCUGAAUUUAGAAUUUAGGCUGUCCAUGCACAAGCAGAGUAGGGUGAGGACUGUAACGCACUAAACUUGGAAAUGUAGAAUAGGGAGAACAGGUCUCUGUCAUGUUCACACUUUGGAGGAAAUUGAGAAUACAGAGCACGAAGUAUUCCUGCUUUGGGAAGCAGGAUGAUGUAAAUAUAAGAAACCCCUGUGUCCCUGUCAUUUAUCAAAGUGUCAAAGCCCUCAUUCCACCUGCCCGGCACAGCAGGAGGAACCUGACGCACCUGGCAAGGCAGCAGGACAAGGUACUGAUCCACCUUUUCCUGGGAAACCCCAAAAAGGAAGGCAGCCCCAUGCUGCAGGAGGUAGGCAGGAGAAAUAAAUAGGAUGCAAAGCCCUCACAGCUGAGUAAAAUGGUUGUAGUUUUAUAACUGUGAUGGUUCUCUGGUGCUGUAGCAGCACCGUCUAGAGGGAUAGACAGAAAACAGCGACUUUUCCCACUAAUCCUAAUUCUCUCUUGAGGUAAUUAAUCACCAGUAUAAAUAGUCUGGAUUAAUCCUAAAUGAUCUUCUGGUGCCCAGGAAUCACCCUGCAAAUUCCAUCUUUCCUAUGUAAACUUACCUUUUCUGAGGGUUAAGCAGAAUAAAAAUUGUUUUCUGCCCUUCAGUGCAGCUCAGUCGAGCUCAACAGCUGGGAUUGGAAGGGAGGAAAAGGCAGAACCAUUGGCCAGGGUGGAAUGGUGCUGUAAAACCAGGUGGGGAAGGUUUGGGUUUUUUGCAUGGCAGAGCUGUGACAUCCCUGCUGCAGUGGAGCCUGUGCUGCUUUGUUGACAACCGAGUUGACAAAUUCUGCUCCAUUUGUGAAGUAGCUCCAAGUGCUCGUGACUCCAGGCAUGCUCCCCACCCACCCACGGGAUCCCCUCUGCUUUGCCCUGCUGCUUUUUAUGUGCUGGCUAAAAAUCACAGGAAUUACCCCAUUUGUAAGGCAGGCUCGGGCCAAUUUCCAACUGGAACUUGUUCAAAACCCUUUUAUUAGAGUGGGUGUCAACUUUAGCCAACUACUCCAGUGCAAUCUUGGUAGUAGGAUUGCUCCCAAACCCGGAGCCAAGCCUGGCAAGGGGAGCACAUUUUUUAGAUGAAGCACAAUCACAGCCUGGGCACCAGUUCCAAAAUCCUGAUAUCCAAAAGGAACAUCCAAAAGGGAUAUCCAAAAGGGAUAUCCAGGAAUAUUCAGCUAGAUGCCAUCUUUUUCCCUAUCCCAGUUUGCCUGGCAGAAUCCUGAACUCAACAGAGGAGGGACUGAGUUGUAACUCUGGGGUUUCCAGCACUGCCCACGGCUCUGAGCCCAUUUUAGGUGAAUUUUAGGACACAACUCCAGCUCUGCUCCUCAGUCCCUGUGAGCCACAGACAACCCUCUGGUGUCAUACUGUUAAAUCAAAGCAGGAGUGAACCCAAGAACUUCUUGAGAGCUACCUCAGGUGGUAAAGAAGGGCCGUCCCUUUGUCCUGCACCUCCCUGAGUCCCACAGGCAUCUUCUGGAUGCUUUUUUUUUGGACAAAUCUUUCACUUUUCCAGUUCCUGCAGACAGAGGUGACAUUGCCACGUGGUGUUCCAAGCAGGAGGAAACGGGGUGCAAAGUUCUGCUCAAGAAUCUCGCAGGGAAAAAGGAAUAAUAAUUUUAAAAUUGGUGAUUCUUCAAGACCUGGAAGAGAUGGUCCUGACAAAGACUUUGUGUGUGAUGGAAUGAGCACGGAGACUCUGGAACAGGCAGGACAAUAAAAAGAACCAAGAGCCA